GAUCCACACAGGUCGGGUGGGUGAAGGCGGAUACCAAGGCGAUCCAGGCCAUCCACACGCACGUCAUAACCCACAACCCGCGCGUCCACGUGAGUUUUGACGACCACUCUACCUGGCACCUGGUCAUUAAACAGGUCACCGAAGAGGAUAAGGGGCCAUACAUGUGUCAGAUCAACACUGAUCCUAUGAUCAGCCAGAUGGGUCACUUGGAGGUGCAACGACCGCCCGAGAUCGAUGACGCUAUGAGUUCGGGAGAUGUGGUGGCCACAGAAGGUGACCGAGCAGUGUUGAAGUGUGUGGCCACGGGCCACCCUAUGCCCUCAGUCACCUGGGUCAGGGAAGAUGCUGCCACAAUCAUGGUCUCAGACGGGCUCAUCACCAAGCCAGUGUCAUCAUGGGAAGGAGAGACGCUAGAGGUAAACCGUGUGUCCAGAGAUGACAUGGGCGCAUACCUUUGCAUAGCCCGUAACACCGUCCCUCCCCAGGUGUCCAAGCGUGUCCAACUACAUGUCCACUUUCACCCCAUUAUACAAGUGCCAAAUCAGCUGAUAGGCUCACCAUAUGGCAGUGACGUCACUCUGGAGUGCAAGGUGGAAGCUUCACCCAAACCUGUCACCUUCUGGCAGAAUAGUCAAGGAGAGAUGUUGAUGUCUUCUAGCAAGUAUGUGGUGCGGGAAGAACACAAGAAGCCUGGAGGCUAUGCUGUCCACAUGAAGCUCACCAUCCACGAUCUCACAGCAGCAGACAUUGGCCUCUACACCUGCGUUGCAAAGAAUUCCAUAGGAGAAGUCGAGUCCAACAUCAAUGUUUACUAUAUUGCACCACCCACCACAACAUCACCUCGCAUGGUGCCAAACUUCAUAGAGACGAACCGCAUUGAGGAUGGUGAGGACACCUCCAUGUCCUCGCCGGGUGUCCUGACUGACCUGGGUACAGGUGAUGCCAUAUACAAAGAUGCACACCGGGUGGGGUCGUCUGAGGGCUCUGCAGGGGACCCGUGGCACACCAGACUACGGCCCAACACAGGACCCUUCGUCCCUACCUCAGGUGUAUCUUCGCUGCCAGGGCCAAGGCCAUGGUUCCCAGAGAACAGCGAGAUAGAUACCUCUUCAGGCACCUCCUCAUCUGCCAAUGGUAUCAUAAUAAUCAUCAGCAGCAGCAGCGAUGGUUGGCGUCAAUGCAGGUUCUAUGGCCCCAUCACCUUAGUGUUGAUCAGUUUUAGUUUGGCUUUGGCAGGAGUGUGGUAAAGACCCUAGUCUAAAUCUUCCCUCCCACCAGUCAUCAUACAUCCUUGUGUCGUCCACCUGGUAUACCCUAAUAAUGUACUACCUUUGUAUAUCACCUAAUACUCUUUUUUCCACUUCUUGGCACACAGUUUCACACUACAAAAGGAAUUUCCUAUUCAUCCAGACUACAUAGAAUGUGUGCAUUUAACUACAUCUUUUAACACUAUACCUCUUACAGAUUAGCUUCACUGAUCCUGAAGCACACCCCAUCUACAACCUCCCCUUCCCCACCCAAAAUAAAUCUACGUCCAUAACUGCACAUUGCUAUCACUCAAGUAAUGAACACUCAACAUCAGAAACACUACACAAUAACAGUACUGUUAACACAAGUAAAACCUAAAUCACCAACACUCCUUCACACCAUUACCCAUGGCCCGAUUACUGCAUCGACUGUCUAGGCUCCAGCCAUGUGUUUUGCGUAUGGUUCAGAUAAAAAUGUGUCAUUUCGUUCAGUGAUUUUUAUGAAGUUAUAGAUUUUGAGUGGGCUAUAUCACAAAACUAGUAAUGCCAAAACAGCCACUCCUGUCUCAGGCCUGCUUCUCAGUCACUUCAUUGUGUAAGUAAACAUAACAGCAGUUCAUUAGUAUAAACCAUUAUAAAUCCCUAUAACCAUUCCUCCAGACAUUUGUAGCUCAUAAAGCAUUUAAACGAAGUUUUAUACACCAAUUUUAUAUCGUGUUCAAAACCUACACGUGUAAGCUGUACAUCCUCGAUGUACAGUAGGUAAUGAUAGUGAAUUUAAAAUGUCCCAGCUCUUCUUUUCUCUCUGAAACAAUAGGUAAUACUGUACUGUAUUUAAUCUCUUUUGUAUUGAUAAUGUCUUGAUUUAUCGGUGAUUUCUUAAGAGACUUUCCCUCUUACAUAUGGAUGCAAGAUGCAUGCAACUUGCUCACUUUGGUAACACUGGCGACCAGUAUGGCAUCGAAAUACUAUAAGACUACAACCAACAGUGAUAGAAUACUUCUUGUCAUUCCCGUCCCUAAUAUUUUCUUGCUUUUACUCCUUAAUUUUGGAUGUCAACACAUCUUAGAUACAUUCAAAACUAGAAUAUGUAGGACAGCCACUUCACAUGUUUAUACAAACAUGCUCCACGUUUUUAGUUUUGUUUUAGACAAAAAGGACAAUGUCAUAGUACAGUAAUAAGCAAAGCUCUACAAGCCAAAAUUUCACUUAAUGCUACACUAUGAAGAUUAUUAUUAUAAUCAAAACAAAGAGCUAAACCUACAAGGGUCAUACAACACUCUAUACUAUGAAAAGAGGAAUACCAUAGGAGUGAACUGUUGACACUUGUCAUGGUGUGGUGGACACCAGUGUCUCCCAUGUCUCUGGUUAGCUUUUGCAGUAUUUCUCCCUUCUAGGAAAAAAAGUACUACUAUUCUAUUAUUAUAAUCAAAAUGAAGCGCUAAGCUACUACUAUUCUAAAUCAAUAAAAAUUACAGUAGUUAACGAACAGUGCUCAUCUAUAGCAUAGUUGGUCAAUUUGCUCAACUUAUAAAUGUAGAACCAUUUGGUUAUUACCAGUUUGAUGGUAUUACUAACUCAUUGCUACUUACACCACUUCAGAGUUACAUUACAGAAACCACCACAAUAAGAAGCUAAAUUAUUCAAUCAUUGACAUUACUCAAACAAUACAACCCUUAAUUAACGGAGGAGUUUCAAUGAAUUUAUUUCAUGAGGGGAGUGCUAAACCCAUAGGGGAUCAUUCAUCCCUUUAGAAAAUUGAAAGCAAUCGGAUUCAAUCCAGGGAAAGGAAGUGCUGAUUCCUUAGAUCAAGAGCUUUUUACUGGCAUCAAGGUGCCUCCCUUGAAGAGGAGGUGCCUUAAGGCCAAUGAGAGGCUUUUGAUCCAAGGAAUUAAACCUAUCCUCCCUUUCCUUGGAUCAUGCUCAAUUGCCCCUCAUUCCUAUGGGUUUAGCAUUCCACCAUGAUGAUAAAACAAUACACAAUUCAUUCCAAGUCAUUGACCACAAGUCUCACCAAAUUUAGACAAGACAGAAAACAUAGUAUCCCCACCAUUUAUGAUAAAAUAGAUACAGAGUUCUUAGGCAAGCAUCCUGUAGAAAGUUGGGGCACUGAUGGAUAAAAAAAGAAAUGUCCCUACCCUACAGGUACAAACUGCUCAAACCCCAACACUGCUUUAAGGUAACCUAGUGUUGGGGUGCACAAGUACAGUACUACUACACUUUUUUAUACAAGCACAUUUAUAGUAGCAGUACUCAAUUAUCCAAAUAGUUUUACCUUUUACCCCAUCAUAGUACGGGGCAGUCCUGUCAUUAUUUUCUUUUGUUUUAACCCAAGAUGCAAUACAGGCCAGAUGAUUAAUCCUUGCCUUAUUAGAUAGCAAAGCAUAUUGCUGCACAAUUAUGUUGUACACCCCUAGCCUUGAGCAUAAGAGUAGCUGUGGUCUGGGUCAAGCCGACCUGCACGAUUCUAGCCACACUACUCUUCAUAGGAUCAGGAAAUUGAUACAUCACUCGCACUCUUAAGCAUAUGGGAGAUGAACACCUGUCAUUAAACACCAACCUCCUUUAAGUAUCUUGUAUAUUAAUGUAUGAUAUGAUGAUGCCCACAAAUGCUUGCUAAGAGGAUGAGGCCAGUUUUCAGAAUCAUAAAAACUAAAGAUUCCUUAUGAAAGUGUGUCCUGUUGCCUUUGUUGAGUAGGGAGCAAAGACCCACUUGGUAAAUGUAAGCUCUUUAUAUUGCAGGAGGAAGAGGAAUGACUGAUAACCGAUUGCAGUUGGAUACUUUAAGUCUAGGUGAACAAGUCUGGCCUGGCCUUACUGGGGCAAAAGGGCAUAUGUACCAACAGACAUUGUUCAUUUUCUCUGUGCCAAUGUAUGUGUGAGGGUAUGUAUAAGUUGCCUGGACCUAGUGGUAACACUCAUUUACUCUCCCUACUGUUUCUUCAACUAGAUUAGUGCCAACUGUGUAAUAUUAAGGUGGCAGGAAAUACCUCAAGAAUGCUUUAAUGUUGCUCUCCUUUCUACUUACUGCAGAUUUGACUGUCAAAAACCUACAGACCUCUACUACAAGGUAAAUAAAGUGCUGGAAGCACUUACAAAAUAGUGGAGGCAAACUCCUUACUUGGAUUAAAAGUGUGUGUGUGAAUUCCUUCACUUCCUUACCUCUUGCUAAUCAUAGAAAACAACUCUUACUGUCUAGGAAACUUAUGUACUCAGCCACUUCCCUUUUCCACAUCCUCUCCCAAACUAAUGUCUAGAAUCAACCUUUAUACUGAACAAGUUUUUGUACUUGUGUGUGGUAGACAGCUGGAUUUCCCUUGUGGAUUUCAGAAGCAAUAUAUUAUACGCAUAUAUCCAGUAGCAGUAUGUAAUCUUGUAUAAUAACAGUAUGUGUGUGAGCAAUAAGUUGAUGUCUGUUGUGUAUAUUCAAGUGGAUGUCUAUUGUGAAUGAGAGCAGAUGUCUGCAGUGUCUUCCACUAGCUAGCUGUCCCCUACACACAAGUAUACACUAUACACCACUCUAAUACAGCAUGUAAGUUAUAGUGAUAACGUUCCUGUCUGUGUACAUAACCUGUUUUCUCACUUGUCGAGUGGCAACUACUCCCUUACUUUUUACCUCACAUAUCAUGUGUUGAUAUAUUGUGAUGAUUAUAUUUCACACAUUUACAUAAAUUAAUCUUAAGUGAGUAUGUAAAAACUAUAAACAUUUCAUAUCGAGUAUAGAGGUUCCUUUAUAAGUGGUCACAACACUCUCCUAAGAUGGAAGGAGAGGAUGGGGCUUGUCACUAGUUGCAACACCCCAGCCUGGUAGGCAAAUGGAUGAUUAAUAUAUGGGAAUGGGUGAUGGUGGAAUUUUAAAUGAAAAGAGGCAAUACAUAAAGGGUUAGGGAAAGAAAUUAGCUAAAAAAGAAGAGAAAUGUGGUAAACAGUAAAGUCUCAGGGUAAAUGGAUACUCUAAAGCAGGAGCUCUUAACUAGGGGUAUGGGAACCAAAUAAUGGGGAUACAGGACUUGAUCUCCGAACAAUUUUAAAAAAACUGUUAGAUUAGAAUAAACUAUCACCUGUACUUUUGCUAGCUUUCCAUAUGUAAAGUAAAAUCAAGUUAUUGACAUCUUUUGAGGCCAUACUGAUAUCUAAUGGGAUUAGUGGUAAUGAUUCCCACAGUCUGGUGAAGGGGGGUGUGGGGGACACACUGGGCAAUCCUUUGGGGGUCUGUAAUCAUGAAAAGGCUAAGAACCAUUGCUUCAAACUAUCAGUACAACUAAGAUGCAGAAAAGGCUUGAAGUAAAAAUAUUACCGACCAGUAGAGGAACUAACCGCAGUCAGUCCAGGCGAGUUAUACAUUUAGUCUGGGACACUGCAACACUUGUUUGAUUAUCUUGUUUUUUUUAUUAUAUUCAGCACAACUAAAUGACUAUUGUGGGUUUUGUAUUUUCCACGAAUAUAAUAUUUGUGUUUAUGGACAACACUUAUUCCAUGGGGAACCUCCUAGUCGAGCUGCACCGUCCCAAUUAUAAAUGUAAUACUACUGUGCAACGAUUUGGUUGAUGUUAAAUAUUUGAUCCAUGGUAGCAGAAAGACAUUUGUAGCAAGAAAGCAUUUAUAUUAUUAUUAUUAUAUUCAUGAGUGCUAAACCCAUAGGGGUCAUAUAGUGCUUGGGGAAAUGGAAGGCACUCAGGCUUGAUUCAAGAAAUUGGAGCAUUGUUUCAAUUCCUUAGAUCAAAAGCCCCUCACCAAUAUAAAGAAACCUUUCUUAAGAGGAAAAACCUUUUGUAAAUAUGAGAUUGUUUGUGGUAAGUGUGUGUCAGUGCUGUACGACCCUGGUGGUUUAAGUGCUUUGUUUUGAUAAUAAUCUGUCUGCUACAAUGUAAGCUUAAAACCACUUUCUACAUGUAUGACCCAUAUAUAUGUCUGUAUUGAGCUACAGCCUACUGUUCUGACAAAGUUAAAGAUCUGACCUGCCAGGUGGGAUGUGCUGCACCAGGUCAAACCCACGAGUGUGACUUCCAUGACCUAACAUGCUUCAUGUCAACUGUUGUCGUUGUUCACAUGUUAAGUAAAAAUGUUACAUAUUGA